UCGUCGCGUCUCGACCUAACCACGUGGUUCCGUCGCGUACACACGCAACGGAAUUGUAUCGCGGAAUCUCGUGAGAAUGAACGCGAUUUGGAAUCAGCCCGUUCUGGAGCGGCCGCCGUGCGUGACGUGGCAGAUCGGGCCGCUAGACGCGACCAAGAGUGGCGUGGACGUACCUCGACUCAAAGCCGCGCUGGCCACGGCGAUCCACGACCUGGAAUCGAUGGGCGAUCUGCAUUUGAACGCCGCGGCGCUGACCCGCCUGGUUUAUCGGAUGAAGAGCAAGUUCCGAGGUGACAAGGGCUUGAAGUGCAUGACGAAGCUGAACAAGGCGUUGCUCAACUACUACAACAUGCCCCUGAAGAGGGAGUACACGAUGCUGCGGUGUGACCUCCGUAUGCAAGACGGCGCGUACGUGUUACCGAGUCGGCAGGGCCUGGAGUACGUGCUGGUGAGAACGCAGGGCUUCGCCAAGCUCAUGUCCCGAAUCGAGCAAGUCGCGUGGCGCGCCUCGCACUUCUUGAAAGCCAGAAUCGAGCUGGGUCACGCGUGGAGCGUCGCCCUGGUCGCCUACGCCACCACAAGCAGAAUUUGGUAUUGUCCCUGGUUCCACGCGAGGAAUGUCAUCGGGAAAUGUUGCAAGUGGUACAACGAGCUGUAUCAGUGCGCGGAACGGUUUCAGUACGUCGGCGCGAAACCCUGGCUCCCAGCGGAUCAAGGCUUACCUCGCGACUUGAAGUCGUGGCUCUGUUUAGACUGGCUGGAUGCGGAAGUGACAAGCAGCCACAAGUUACAAACCUGGCAGAGAAUAUUUCAAGAUCCUUUGAUCAAGGGUAUCGUACACGAUGAUACUAAAACACCUCGUGUCAUAGCUGAUGAAGAGACUGACAAUGCAAGACUGACGGAAGUCGAGGUUGCCUCGACGAAUGAUGCGUUAGAAAAUAAAUGUGUAUCGAAUAACGAUAUUGGAGAAGUGAUAGAUCGAGGAGCUUUUGAGAGAACCCUUCCAUCGGGAAAUAGAUCCAAAGCGACAAAACGUAAACACACGGAUGUUAACGAAAGGAGAAACCUAAAAGGACCAAAAAGAAAAAGAAGAAAGAAUAAAAACCGACAUCCCAAGGAGAAAGAUCUGUUGUGAUUAUAAUGGGGAUAUUAAUUUAGUUACGUGCAAGGUAACAGAUUCAGUUUUAGCGCGUUUGCAUAAAAUACAAUUGCCAAUCUGUACACAAUUAUGAAUAGGGCAAUUUAAUUAUGUGCAAUUAAAAAAAACACCCUGUUAAAUUAUGCAUGACGCAUAUGUCACAUUGUAAUGUAAUUGUAUACAUCUAAAGUGAUACACAGCUUGACAAAUAGAAACUAAAAGUUCAAAGGAAUAAAAUUUACAUAUUUUUUC